UCUCUGGCAUUCAGAGAACUGUGCAUCUGUCCAGAGCUCAACCUGCAGAAGCAUAGCCAUGGUGCUCUGGGGUCCAGUGCUGGGAACUCUGCUGGUAGUUAUUGUGGGAUAUCUGUGCCUGCCAGGACUGCUACGACGACGCAAGCCCCAGGAGCCCCCUCUGGACAAGGGCACCAUGCCCUGGCUUGGCCACGCCAUGGCUUUCCGGAAGAAUAUGUUUGAAUUCCUGAAGUGCAUGCGGGACAAGCAUGGGGAUGUGUUCACAGUACAGCUUGGAGGCCAGUACUUCACCUUUGUCAUGGACCCCCUCUCCUUUGGCCCCAUCCUCAAGGAUGCACAGAGAAAGUUGGACUUUGUACAAUAUGCAAAAGAACUGGUGCUAAAGGUAUUUGGAUACCAGUCAGUGCAAGGGGACCACCAGAUGAUACACUCAGCCAGUACCAAGCAUCUGAUGGGGCAUGGCUUGGAGGAUCUUAAUGAGGUCAUGCUGGACAGCCUGUCCUUGAUAAUACUGGGGCCCCAAGGCCAAAGUCUGGGUGCCAGUUGCUGGCGUGAGGAUUGUCUUUUUCACUUCUGCUACAGCAUCUUGUUCAAGGCUGGCUACCUGAGCUUGUUCCGCUAUACGAAGGGCAAGGAGCAGGACCUGCUACAGGCAGAGGAGUUAUUUACGAAGUUCCGCAAGUUUGACCUUCUUUUCCCCAGGUUUGUCUACUCCCUGCUGGGGCCCCUGGAGUGGCUGGAAGUGGGCCGACUCCAGCGUCUCUUUCACAAGAUGCUCUCUGUGAAUGACAAUGAGGAGAAGGGUAACAUGAGCAACUGGCUGUGCUACAUGCUUCAGUUUCUGAGGGAGCAGGGAGUCUCCCCCGCUAUGCAGGAUAAAUUCAACUUCAUGAUGCUCUGGGCUUCCCAGGGGAACACUGGGCCUACCUCUUUCUGGGCUCUCUUGUUCCUCCUGAAGCAUCCAGAAGCCAUGCGAGCUGUGAGGGAAGAAGCCACCCAGGUCCUGGGUGAGGUCAGACUGCAGGCCAAUAAGUCCUUCGUCCUCAAACUCAGUGCCCUGCAACGCACCCCAGUGCUGGACAGUGUGAUGGAGGAGACCCUACGGCUGAGGGCUUCGCCCACCCUCCUAAGAGUGGUACACGAAGACUAUACCUUGAAGAUGGCCAGUGGACAAGAGUACCUGUUCCGCCAUGGAGACGUCGUGGCCCUCUUUCCCUACCUCUCAGUGCACAUGGACCCUGACAUCCACCCCGAACCCACGACCUUCAAGUACAACCGCUUCCUCAACCCUAACGGCAGCCGAAAAGUGGACUUCUACAAGGCAGGCAAGAAGAUCCACCACUACACCAUGCCUUGGGGGGCAGGCGUCUCCAUCUGCCCUGGGAGGUUCUUGGCACUCAGCGAGAUGAAGCUCUUUAUCCUGCUCAUGGUCACACAUUUUGACCUAGAGCUGGUGGACCCUGACACACCGAUUCCCCCUGUUGACCCCCAGCGCUGGGGUUUUGGCACCACACAACCCACCCAUGAUGUACGCUUCCGCUACCGCCUGCAUCCUGCAGAGUGAGCGA